UUGGUGGGUUCGCUGUUGCACCGGCUUCUCUCCUGUCCUCUACUGUACGAGCUGCUUGUUCCAAUCUAUACAUUAUCUUUUUUUCUGCCGGUCGUUCCUGUAACCCGGGAAUCAGCAGAGCAAAGUAUCCCGUCUUUACGCAAGGUUGAUAUGCGAAGAGAAGUGGAGAUGCGCUCUCCGGACUCACUUCAUUGAUGGUCACGAGCUUCCUUCACAGGCCCUACUCUCUCUCUCUGAUUACUGGAGCUAGCGUUAGUUACUCAUGUGAAAAUGGUCCGGUGAAAUGUAGUUUCGGAUCACGGAGUGAUUCUCAGCGAGAAGGUCAAGACUUUUGAAAAAUGAAGAUUUGGAGCACGGAACAUGUUUUCAGUUACCCCUGGGAGACGGUUAUCAAGGCCGCCAUGAGGAAGUACCCAAAUCCCAUGAACCCCAAUGUGGUCGGGGUGGACGUGCUGGACCGCAGCCUGGACACAGAGGGACGCCUGCACAGCCACAGACUCCUCAGCACAGAGUGGGGCCUGCCGGGCAUUGUGCGAGCGAUACUGGGAACCAACCAUACGCAGACGUACGUGAAGGAACACUCCAUAGUGGACCCAGAGGAGAAAAAGAUGGAACUGUGCUCAACAAAUAUUACUCUCACCAACCUCAUUUCAGUAGAUGAGAGGCUUCUUUACAGACCGCACCCAGACAACCCUGAGGUGACCAUCCUGACGCAGGAGGCCAUUAUCACAGUCAAGGGAGUGAGUCUGAGCAGUUACCUGGAAGGGAUGAUGGCUAGGAGAAUGUCAGCUAACGCCAGGAAGGGUUGGGAUGCUAUUGAGUGGAUUAUUCAGAACUCUGAAAGAGAGAACGUGCCUCUCUGUGACAUUUACUAACUCUGGACAGCUGUUCUACAGGGAUACACCUCAUAACGCACCGGGGAUUCUCAGCAUGUGAGGGUUCCUCUGCAGUUGGUACCUAUACCGCCAUGCAGACGGUGUAAUGCUGCCAAAGAUGAAUGGUUAUAGAGCUGGAUUUAAGGGUUGUGGGUCCAAGUCUGGUAGACGUGGCUCAAUGCUAUAACCUAUUAACAGCUAUUCUAAUUAAGGAAAGUGAGGAAACAGGACAAUUUCCUUUACAGCUGAAUAAACAGAAGAUUCAAAACUCAAUGGCGCUGCUGUCAACAUCAUGAGCCUCCAGACUUUACUGGUUUGAAUAUAAUAUUACUACCCCACUUUGCUGUCAUGUCAUUUCUUGGAAUACUGUGGAAGAGAUGCAGAGGAAGGAUGAAGGAAAGAUAUGGUACAAUGACAAUAUGCAACACACUUCAUAACUUUUAUUUGAUCUGAUGUAAUUCUUCUGUAAUGUCAAACACUGGUAACUCCUAUUGCUGGAGUUCAAAUCUGAAAGUCUUCACUGGUGCUUAUUUUGUGUUUCAAGAGGCACAAACUGUAGAUGAUAUGUUUGCAUGUUAGUAGUAUUAAAUAAAGGGGAGAGUAUUAUAGAAAGAAAUGUAGUAGCAAGCUUUACAUUUAUUAAUACAGCUAAGAAAGUAUAUUGUUUAUCUGAGAGGGAAAAAAGAUGGGAAUGUACCAUUAACAUUGCCUUCUUUUUCUGCUGUCAAGGCAACAAUACAGUGGCACCUUUUUGAUGUAAACAUUCUGGGCAGUAUUGCCAUAAACCAGCAGAUUUGUAAUCGGGUUAAUGAGGAGAAUGUUUGUGUUCGGCUUGUGUGACCAGUAUAGUAGAAAUAUAGAUUGACUCUUUGUGGGCUGAAUUACCCUUUUUAUACAGCCUUAAAAUGAUGCCUGUGUAUUAUUGCUGUGUCAUUCAUGCCUUUGCCAGUCAUACACACGAUGCUUCCAAAUGUUGAACCUUUCUGUAAAAAGCUACCUACACACACACACAUCCUGGUGAGCAGGACAGUACUGUAUGUGCAACGCUGCAGCGGGAGAUGCACACAAUUACAAUGACUUAUGUGCUAAAUCACAUUUCUUGGUAAAAGGAAUAUUUAAAUAAUAUUAUUUUUAUCUAAAAAUGUGUAACAAGCAAUGAAUUAUUACAUUUCUUAUAUUGCCUGAAUGUUGUGCAAAAAUCAUUUGCUUUUUAAAAUGUUUUAACUUCAGCUGCUGUCCUACAAUUAAAAAUGACAUU